GCCUGGGAGAGUCGGAAGCGCGGCGAGGCCGGGCGAGGCGGCAGCGGCGGGCCCAUGCAGGACGCGGAAAACGUGGCGGCGCCCGAGGCGGCCGAGCAGCGGGCAGAGCCCGGGCAGCAGCAGCCGGCCGCCGAGCCGCCGCCACCGGGAGAGGAGUCGUCGCGGCCCGCGGGGCCCGGCGCGCAGGAGGGAGCAGGCGGCGAGGACGCGGAGACCGGGCCGCAUCCCGCAGUGCCGGCUGAGCCCGCGGCCGACGGGGAGGAGAGGGAGGCUUCGGCUCCAGGCUCGUCCCCGCCGCCUCCUGAGGAGCCCCUUGCGCCGGCCCCGGCCUCGGGCGAGGCCCCAGCGGAGCAGGCCGGGAACGCGUCGGCCGAGGCCCGGUCCGAGGGGGCGGGCGGGGAGGACGGCGGCGCGGACGAGCCUUCCUUCAGCGACCCCGAGGACUUCGUGGACGAUGUGAGCGAGGAAGAACUGCUGGGGGACAUUCUCAAGGACCGGCCGCAGGAGGCAGAUGGGAUUGACUCGGUGAUCGUGGUUGACAAUGUUCCUCAGGUGGGGCCCGACCGGCUGGAGAAGCUCAAAAACGUCAUCCAUAAAAUUUUUUCCAAGUUUGGGAAAAUCACAAACGAUUUUUAUCCAGAGGAGGAUGGAAAGACAAAAGGGUAUACGUUCCUGGAAUACGCCUCCCCUGCCCAUGCCUUGGAUGCCGUGAAAAAUGCGGACGGCUACAAGCUGGACAAACAGCACACGUUCAGGGUCAAUCUCUUCACUGACUUUGACAAGUAUAUGACGAUCAGCGACGAAUGGGAUAUUCCAGAGAAACAGCCCUUCAAAGACUUGGGAAACUUGCGUUACUGGCUCGAGGAGGCAGAGUGCAGAGACCAGUACAGUGUCAUCUUUGAGAGUGGGGACCGUACUUCUAUCUUCUGGAACGACGUGAAGGACCCCGUCUCCAUCGAGGAGAGGGCGAGAUGGACAGAGACCUACGUGCGCUGGUCCCCCAAGGGCACCUACCUGGCCACGUUCCACCAGCGAGGCAUAGCUCUCUGGGGGGGAGAGAAGUUCAAACAGAUCCAGAGAUUCAGCCACCAGGGGGUUCAGCUCAUUGACUUCUCGCCUUGUGAGAGGUACCUGGUGACUUUCAGCCCCCUGAUGGACACUCAGGACGAUCCUCAAGCCAUCAUCAUCUGGGACAUCCUGACCGGGCAGAAGAAGAGGGGCUUCCACUGUGAAAGCUCAGCCCAUUGGCCUAUUUUUAAGUGGAGCCACGAUGGUAAAUUCUUUGCCAGAAUGACACUCGACACACUUAGCAUCUAUGAAACUCCCUCUAUGGGUCUUUUGGACAAGAAGAGUUUGAAGAUCUCUGGCAUAAAAGACUUCUCUUGGUCUCCCGGUGGGAACAUCAUAGCUUUUUGGGUGCCUGAAGACAAAGACAUCCCGGCCAGGGUGACCUUGAUGCAGCUUCCUACCAGACAGGAGAUCAGGGUCAGGAACCUCUUCAAUGUGGUGGAUUGCAAGCUACAUUGGCAAAAAAACGGGGAUUACUUGUGCGUUAAAGUGGACAGGACCCCGAAAGGUACCCAGGGCGUUGUCACGAAUUUUGAAAUUUUCCGAAUGAGGGAAAAACAGGUGCCUGUCGACGUGGUGGAAAUGAAAGAAACCAUCAUAGCUUUUGCCUGGGAACCCAACGGGAGCAAGUUCGCAGUGCUGCACGGGGAGGCUCCUCGGAUAUCUGUUUCCUUCUACCACGUGAAGAACAAUGGGAAGAUUGAACUUAUCAAAAUGUUUGAUAAGCAGCAGGCAAAUACCAUCUUCUGGAGCCCCCAGGGACAGUUUGUCGUGUUGGCUGGCCUAAGGAGUAUGAACGGCGCCUUGGCCUUUGUCGACACUUCGGAUUGUACGGUCAUGAACAUCGCGGAGCACUACAUGGCGUCUGAUGUGGAGUGGGACCCUACCGGGCGCUACGUGGUCACCUCUGUGUCCUGGUGGAGCCAUAAGGUGGACAACGCUUACUGGCUGUGGACUUUCCAAGGCCGUCUUCUGCAGAAGAACAACAAGGACCGUUUCUGCCAGCUGCUGUGGAGACCUCGGCCCCCCACGCUGCUGAGCCAGGACCAGAUCAAGCAAAUUAAAAAGGAUCUGAAGAAAUACUCCAAGAUCUUUGAACAGAAGGAUCGUCUGAGCCAAUCCAAAGCCUCAAAGGAACUAGUGGAGAGAAGACGCACCAUGAUGGAAGAUUUCCGAAAAUACCGGAAAAUGGCCCAGGAGCUCUACAUGGAGCAGAAAAAUGAACGUUUGGAGUUGCGAGGAGGCGUGGACACGGACGAGCUGGACAGCAACGUGGAAGACUGGGAGGAGGAGACCAUCGAGUUCUUUGUCACUGAGGAGAUCAUCCCCCUGGGCAAUCCGGAGUGACCUGAGCAGCGUGCGUCCCCGGGGCUCGUGCUGGAAUGAGGUCGUCCUUCUGCAGAAAGUGCGCACGAUGCCUGCGUUUUACCUGUGCUUUGUCUCGCUCCACACUGUGCGCCCGGAUUCUCCCAUGCCCACACGUCGCUGUGCCUUCAGCCCCCGGUCCCCACCACGGGGGAGGUUUCAAGGCACCGCUUUCCUUUUCUCUUGUUUGGGGUUUUUAAAGUCAUGCCACCAGUGUUUGUCACUCAGACUCGUGCGCGGCAGGGGCGCGCCCGGCCGUCCCCCUCCGAGAACUCGUCCUGUCCCGUGGCGGGGGGCCAGCGUGGCUGUGUCGUGGAAACGGGAGCCGCGCCAUUCAGGUUGUGCUAGGUUCUCAACAGGCUGAGCGUGGAAAUAAAAACAAAUCUGUAUGAAAAA